AUGCCUUCUUUACUCUCUUCAGAAACUGGCGAUAGAGUGCUUCAUAAUCUCGAACAAUUCUAUACCCAAAAGGAUGAUUUAGACACAAAACUACUCCAGAAGUACGAGUUAGAGUUCCGGGUCCAGACCGCGGACUCGGGAGCGUCCGAACAGACGUUGGCGGUGCUUCAAUUGCUUGUCGCCAUCUCUCUUUCUAACCUGGCCAAUGCGGCGUGCUUCGAGACGCUUCAGACGGUGGUAUCGUAUAUUUCUUUUGCUGAAACCCAUAAGUUUUUCUCCGAGGAGCACAUUUUGGCGUUUUUGCGGAGUGAGCGGCUGUUGUUUGUGGUCAACGUGCUUGAAGCCAGGUGUCUCCGCGCCGCCGAUGCAAGUGCCAUUGAGUUCGUGGAUAGACAUGCCGUGAUUCCGUUUUUAGUUAGCAAACUUCUUGGGGAUACGGAGAAUGCGGCUUGGCGCUCUCAAGUGUGCUCUUUUGUCAGUAGGUUUUGUGCCGUGUAUCCUAGAGAAGCACGCCCAGAAGAAUGGGAGAUGAAGAAUCUACAAGUUCUCAAUAAUAGCGUGCAAUUUGAAUACUAUUGCGCCCUUCUAGAAGUUCUCGCGGGUCUUGAAUUGCGGCCAGAUUGGCUUCAGAGCCUGUUCGAAAUCAAUUGGCAGCCAAUUGUAGAUGCAGACGAACGGACUCAGGAAGAGCAAAUUGUAGCAGCAACUCAGCUCUGCUGCUCUUCCCUUUCCAAAGUUCCUUUCUCUUGGUUGCAUGGAUUGGUGUCGAUUUUAUUUCAAAUCUACGAACCGAUAUACAUGCUGCCCGAGUUCGACAUCAUCUACCGUAUGUCGAUGAUGGACUUAAUUGCUGCUCUUGCUAAUGGUCCUGAAGAGGCCUUCGAGGUCUGCAAAAGCUUUGUGGAGAGAAAUCCCGCGGUACUCGGUCCUGAAUUAUUUGUCAGAUGUCCUCUUUCGUUAAUAGAUCAUCCCAAGGCCUAUUUCGACGAAAACUUCGCGAAUAAGAGUCUCAUCAGCAGCAAUGACAUUCUCUUUGCUUGUCUUGUUCAUCUUAUUGAUGAUGAGACGUUUUUUGAACUCAUGACGCAAAAAAUCUUGACCACAGAGACUUUACGCAACUUGCCACAAGAUCGAUUAUUUGUGGUGCUCAAGCAGCUCUCGCUCUACGACUACUCGACCCAGUACUUGCUUCUGGAAAUGCCAUAUAUUGUAUCAACGUACAUUGUGCCCGUGGAUCGGGGGAUGGUGAAUCCUGAAUUAUGGAGUCUAAAAAAUGAUUUGGUGAGUGAAAUUAUUAUGAAUAGAAGUGUAUCCCUUGGAGUCUGGGAAGAAGACCUUAAAAAGUGUCUCUACGAGAUGCAAAAUGGCCGCAAGCUCCGCAACGUGGUCCCUGCAGUGGACGUGGCCAACCUUACUAUGUAG